AUGGCAGCUACAACAACUACCACAAUCUACAUCUGCUGCUAUUACAACUACAGUUGCACCAACCACAUCUACAAGUACAGCAACAUCUACGGCUGCCCCAACCACAUCUACAGCUAUUCCAGUUACGACUACAUCUGCUCCCACCACAACUACAGGUGUCCCGACGACAUUUGCAGCUACUCCAACCGCAACCACUGCUGCUUUGACAACAACCAUGCUGCCCUGAUCAGAUCUACAGCUGCUACUAUUACAACUACAGUUGCGCCAAUCACAUCUACAAGUACAGCAACAUCUACGGCUGCCCCAACCACAUCGACAGCUAUUCCAGUUACAACUACAUCUGCUCCCACCACAACUGCAGGUGUCCCGACGACAUCUACAGCUGCUCCAACCACAUCUGCAGGUGCUCGAACCACAUCUACAAGGGCUCCCACCACAUCUACAGGUGUCCCGUCGACAACUACAAGUGCUCCAACCACAUCUACAAUUUCCGCAACAUCUACUGCUGUGCCAACCACAUCUUCAGUUGCUUCAACCACAACUACAGCUGCUACAAUUUUAUCUACUGCUGCAUCAGCCACAUCUACAUCUCCACAGACAACAUCUACAAGUGCACCAACAACAUCCAAAGCUGCUCCAACCACAUCUACAGCUGCUCCAACCACAAAAACUGUUGCUGCAACCACAGCUAUAGCUACUCCUUCGACAUCUUCAGUUGCCCCCACCAGAUCUACAGCUGCUCGUUCUACAGGUGCACCAACCACAUCUACAGGUGCACCAACCACAUCUACAGGUGCACCAACCACAAACCCAAUUAAUCCAACCACAACCUCUCCUGCACAAACUACAAAUACAGCUUUUCCAACCACAAGUACCAGAGAACCAACCACAGCAACAACUUUUAGAAAACGUACAACAUCUGCUAGAACUUCUGCAACAACCAGAAAAACCUUUACUGCAACCAAAAGGACUUCUGCAACAUCAGCUGACACAACUACUUCACCAACUACCACUAGUAAAUCUAUGACAAAAACUACUACUACUAGGUCUACACCAAAUAUGAUGACUACUACACUUGCAACAACAUCUACUACACCCACUACAAGUAUCAGGUCAACUACAAAUACCAAUCCACCAACUACAACAACGCAACCACCCACCACCUCAACAACCACCAGUGGUGCUUGUUGCGUCAGGUGGGGUAUUCUCCACCUGUUGCUUGGUCUCCUUGUCUCUUUGCUUUAGA